AUGGCCGCUGUCGUCGACACCUCGUCUUCCCCGGUCUCCGGCGACCAACGCCCGAGUAGCCUCGCGGCGGAUUCCCUACCACUCAUUGACCUCCGCCUUCUCUCUCAAUCGGAGCUACUCUCCCUCUCCGUUUGCUCCUCUUCCUUCUCCUCCGUCCACAAUCUCCACAACGACACCGACGUUUCUACUCCCAGAAUCGAUCGCUCCGUCUUCAACGAAUCUGCGGGAAGCCGUAAACAGACAUUCUCCCGCCUCCGCCUUGCCCGUCGAGGGAGCUCGCGCCGCCCCUCUGCUUCGCCUUCUACUGCGACUCCCUUGCGUCUACGGAGCGCUGAAGUUCCGCUCGAUGAGGAGAGUCGUCUAAUCGUAUCAGGACUCAAGUCGCUGUUCGGCGUCGAGGAUUCUGGUUCUGGUCAGAGCGGAGGCGUGGAUAACCUAGUUUCGGUCCCCGUCGGCCAGCUCGAGGGAACUCUGGCUUUGCCGUCAAAUAGGACAUGCGUCGUGGAUUCCGGUUCUGGUCAGAGCGGAGGCGUGGAUAACCUAGUUUCGGUCUCCGUCCGCCAGCACGAGGGAACUCUGGCUUUGCCGUCAAUUAGGAAAGGCGUCGUGGAUUCUGGUUCUGGUCAGAGCGGAGGCAUGGAUAACCUAGUUUCGGUCCCCGUCGGCCAGCACGAGGGACUUCUGGCUUUGCCGUCAAAUAUGACAGGCGAACUAGAAAUUGAACUUAUGAACAUCCCUAGUUCUAGUCGCAGUCGAGACAUUGAACAGCCGGUGGUUGUACUGGCUAUUUCUGCAGAUCCCGUUCCUAGUCCAAAGAAGCGGAAGCGAGGUAGGCCGAGCAAAACCAACAUUAAUCUCCAUGCUAAUCCUUGUAGUAUGGUAAACAAUGUGGUGUCUCACGCGGAGAAUAGGAUUGUUCUUGUGCCUGACGGUGUGGAGAAUAAUAGACUCGAAGAGAAUACGGGAAUAAUGAAUGUAGGAGAGAAUGCGAUUGAAUUAGCUAUGGUUGCAACCACUGAUGAUCCAUAUGGAGAUAGGUUAAGGAACAACACUGCGGGAAUGCGGACAAAGGAAGAGGUGUUGGAUUUUUUGCAGGGAAUUCAAGGGGAAUGGGUGACUAGCAAGAGAAAGAGGAAGAUUGUAGAUGCCAGUGCCUUUGGGGAUAUAUUGCCUAGUGGUUGGAAGCUCUUGAUUCGUGUCACAAGGAGAAGGAAGAAUGUCUGGUUGGAUUGUGCAAGAUACAUAAGCCCUAAUGGGCAGCAGUUUGUGUCCUUCAAGGAAGUUGGGUCAUAUUUACAUUCCGCUUCUGGACUCCAAGAUGCAACCCUGUCAAAUUUUGGUGUUGUUGAUGGAAAUGUCCGAGUAACUUCUCAAUAUUCUGCAGAAAAUAUGUUUACGGAUGACAAUAAUGGAUGCGAGUGCCCUUCAACAUGGUCUGUUUCUCCAACCCGGCCCAUUGAACCCAAGGAGGAUACCUACGCAAUAGAGAUGGGGAGCCUUGAUGAGCUCCAGAUUGAGAAAAGUUACAAAUGUCAUAAAUGCAGAAUGGCUUUCCACCAACAAGAUGAAUUGCUCGAACACUUGGUAACAUCUCAUCGUCGCACUCCAAAGAGGAUUAGAUAUGGAACAACGACGAAUGAGGAAGCCAUAAUCAAAGAUGGAAAAUACGAGUGCCAAUUAUGUCCCAAGACUUUUGAUGAAAGGCAUCGCUUCAAUGGUCACUUUGGAAAUCACAUAAAAGACUAUUUGAAGAGAAUUCAAGCUUCAUUGGGAAAGGGGACAUUUCAAAAGGGUGUGGUAUUAUCCCCAUCAUCAGUUGCCAGCCCAUUGCCAACCUCAAAUAUUAAUGCUAUACCUACUCGUGAUGAUGCUCUGUCCGAAGGUGUGAAGCUUCAUGGUUCUAUUAGAUUUGACAUGGCCAAAAGAGCUUCCGGUGCCGCAACCAAUGAAGCAAUCAUACAUGGGGUUCCAUGCGCAACAAAAGCGAAUGAUUAUGUUGCAAAUUAUAAUUGUAAGCAGGAUCAAGUUAGCACGACAUGCCUUGAUGAAGUUGGGAGGGCAAAGGAAAGAAAUGGAAUUGGUUAUACUGUUAAUAGUCCCCCUUCUGUUGUCGCUCCAAUUUUACCAGAUACGAAUAAGAAUAAUGCCAUUUGUGGAUCAUCUAAUGGGGCAGAGACUUGCAAAGGUGCUUCUGACGACAUUGAUUCCCUUGCUGGGCAGGAAAUCUUUUCUCAGGAUGCUUCAUUUGCUGCCUCUUCUGAACAUAAUAGGCAUGAGACAUGUAAUGCCGGCACACCAAUGAAUCAGGAUGAGCCGAACAGAAGUCUUUUUAGUCGCUCUCUUGUUCUUGAUAAUGAGAAGAUAAUUGGUGGUCAAAACGUUGAAAAUGGGAAUAUAUCGAGUACUAUAGUAGAAGACUCUACAAUCAAGAGCGCCGAUCCAGCAGAGGAAGAGGUUCCAGUUGCUGCACAUGUCUUUGAUUGCAGAAUAGAGGCAGAUGCUACUACUAACAUCCCAGAGCAGACUGUUGAGUGUUGUUUGCCUGCUCCAUUUGUCAGUGAUGAGAAACAUGGUGUUGUAAAUAGUGCAGAUGGGAUUCUGACUCCAACAAUAGUGGGCACUGUGGAAGCAAAAGGUUAUGAAGAGGAUUCAUGUUUAACUCAAGAUCAGAUAACACUUGGUCUGACCAGUAGUGCGAAAAGUCUGCCAGGUAGCUUGGAAACUAGGCCCCCAACUGAUGUAGCAGAAAAAUCAAGGAACAAUUAUAUAACAGUUGAUAGACACAGUGGGCAUUCUUUGCCUUCUGAUGAUACUGUUAGCAAUGAACAAAAUGGGCGAUAUGGAAGCCAUCUGGGCAAACCAUCAAAUGACCAUAUGUUCUAUGUUGUCCGUGAUAUAAAAGAGAACCCCAGAUCCAGUAUAUGUAGACUUCCGGAAGAGAAGGAAGCUGAUGAUGACUGCCAGCUAGCUCUAUCUUGUAGUGAGCAUUUUAGUGGUUUGAAAGCCGAUGUGGCUAAGGUAUCUAGUGGAGAAGGAGAAACUCUGAAAUGUGAUAAAGCGGUAUUUUCAGAAAGGAAUUAUUUUGGCUUCGACACCGCUCUACCCUUGGGUUAUCUUGGCAAUGUAGAGGAGGAAAGAAGUUCCACCAGUUUGUCACAUAUGUCUUCUGCACAUAGACAGUCGUAUACCUUAGAGUGUCAAGCAGGUUAUAAUAUGCAAGCCCAUGGUGAUGUCAACCAGGUUAAUCAGAUCUCAAGUAUCUCAGUGGAUAGCAGAAAUAAUGAUGCUAAUAGUUCAUAUAAGGGUGAUCAAAGCAUCUACUAUGGCCAUGCCUGUGCUACUCAGAAUAGUCUUACUAUGAGAAAUAAUGAGCAGGAAACGUUUCCUGCAGUUAUAAUAGGUCAGGAUAGGUGUUCUAUGGAUGAAUACCCGCGGUCAAAUGAUGGUUCUGUGGAGAAUUUUCUGCCUUUUCCAUUCAAUGGUCAAGUGCGAAGCUUUGGGAAUGACCUAAACAGGGCUUUUCCUCAAAGUGAAUUUUUCGGAAAUUCGAGGAAGAAAGGGAUGGAGUCCUGUUUUAAUGGUGAUGCACAAACCAAUAGAAGUACUGCUACAAGGGAGUUCAUGUGGAGAACUGAUGAAGAGAGCAACCUGCUUGGUGGUUUUGCUGAUACUCCAUCUCAACCUGUGCUGUCAUCAAAUUCUCUUCCUCCAUAUGAUUUGGUUCAGAGAAAGGGUGGAAGUGAUCUCUUUGGCUUCAAAUUUGGUGGCAGCGUUUCUGGUUCACCAGGGCUGAGAUUGGGCAACAUGGAUAACCCAGGAUUUGGUUUCCGAGAUUCUCAAAGGACCUCUCAUUCAGAGGAUCCCAAGAUUUUAUCCUAUGCGAAAAUGGUGAACCAAGAGUUGGAUUCAUCACCCAUUUGGGCUGGGAAAGAGGCUCUGCCUCUGUUGCCAAAAAUGGGAACCCGGCACGACCUUCCUAUUGUGUGCAUUUCUUGUAGAAAGAUGUUUCAUUACAGUGCUCCUGAUUCUAGAUCGGGAUUUGGCACGGAUGGUUUUAUAUGCGCAGUCUGUAAUGCCAAGUUCCCCGGGAGACUAAGUUUACAGUAG